GAGGAAGAGAGGAAGAAGGAUGAAAAUAAACCCGCGUUGUUUGGAGUUAGCUUUAGUUAGGUUCUUUAAAAUAAACUAAAAUAAAACUUUAAAGGUAAAAUUUCAUCUCAAGAAAUUCACUGCAUCUAUUUUUUAUUUGAAUCCACGAUGUUGUUCCGUCCCUCCUUCAUGGAAUAAAGGAAUAAAACGCUCUGUGUGGCGCAGCUGCAGGAAAACAAGCAGCGACAGCGUGAUGUUUCUGUAAGCUCAGGAUGGGGAGCAGCAGUCGAGCAGGAUUUUGUAUGAGUGAUGGUGACUCCAGCGACUCGGAGCAGCUCCCUGUCAUCGAUUUCUCACAAAAAACGAACACUUUGCCUCGUUCAGACUCCUCGGACUCUGCGAUGAGUCACCCGGUCUCGACUCGACCUGCUGGAGGAAAUGUCUUCACGGUCAGCAGUGGCAGUGAGGAGGAGGAGGAGGAGGUUUUUGUUCCUCUGGCUCUCAGACUGAAACAGAAAGCUGUAGCUAAGGUCAGAUGUGAGAGUCAGAAGUGGUCAGUGAGUCAGAACGGAGGCUUGAAGAUGAAAAGCUCAACCGCUCAGAGUGUUAAAACGGUCGAGGAAGAUCCGGGUGCUCACGGAAAACAGGACGAAGACGCCAGGAUCCGGAAGCGCAAACACACCCUGGAGGAGAUGGAAGCGAGCCGAGAGGAGGCGCUGCGUAGGAAAGCUGUGCGAGAGAAGCAGCACGGAGAGAGGGAGAGGCUGAGAGUCGAGAGGAAAGCGCUGACCGAUGCUGUGAAGGCCAUGAGACCGGACGAGUGCAUCAAACACGUGGUGGCAGUGGUGGAUCCUGGCCUGCUGCAGAUGGAGGGUGGUGGUGAUCUCCUGACCUCACUGCACACGUUGGGAUGCAGCUGCGCCAUCGAGAAGCAGACGCUGCCACGGAGUGUGUCCUGGCUCAGACACACACCCUGUCCUCAGAGCGGAGAGGUGGUGUGUGUCCCGGAAGCUCUAGUGGUGUUGCAGGUCCCGGUGGAAGACCUCAUCAGCAUGGUUCACAGCUCCGUGCAGGAGCAGAGGAGUGGUGUAGCGAGUGAGCGUGGUGUAACCCUGACCUCUUGGGUUGUGCGUCUGCAGGAGAGGAACAGGGACAGAAGCCUGAGUCUGUCUGUGAUCGACACUGAGAAAUAUUUUAAGAGUCAAAACACUAAGGGUCAGCAGAAGUUUCGGGACGCGGUGCUGGGGGACGAGACGAAGAAGAGGAAGAAGAAAGACGUGGAGCAGCUUCCUAAUGUUUCCCGUGUGGAGAUGGAGGAGGCUUUAGUCGACCUCCAGCUGCACACAGGGGUCCAAGUCCACUUUCACUCGAGCUGGAAGGACUUCACUAAUUACGUUACCAUGUCAACCAAGGCAGUGGCUGAAGCACCGUUCAAGCGGGAACGAGACAAGACAGGUUUUAGUUUCUGUCUGGAGAGCGAGUGGGCUGGUGGUCAGAAGGUGGAGAGAGCAGGGAAAGGACUUCUUCAGGUGUGGAAGAGGCAGAUCCAGCAGCUGAACCGCGUCAGUGCAGACAUGGCUACGGCCAUCCUCAGCGCAUAUCCCUCUCCUCAGCUUCUUAUUCAGGCGUAUACACACUGCAGGUCAGAGCGAGAGAAAGCCGCCUUGCUGUCGGACGUUCUGAUUCGUCGCGGUGAAGGCGUGACCUCGACGACCCGCAGGAUCGGUCCAGAGCUGUCCAAGCGAAUCUACCUGUUGAUGAUGUCAUCAGACCCCCAGCAGAGCCUCGAUUCCGUGGCAUGAACAUUACGUUUUUAUCUGUUUGUUUUUAUGCAGUUUGUUAUUAAAUGUUU